ACGAACCAUGUGACUAUCCCACCUUGUCUGAAGUCAGGUGCUACACUACAACACCACAAGAUUCUUUUUCAGAGACGGUUUUCUACUGUAGGAUGGAUCUAUAUGUUACGGCACUCGCCCUGGUGGUGUUUUUGGCGGUACUUCUGAGUACUGGAAAUGGACACCUGUGCGUGAUAGAGCCCCGACAGAGAGGGGACUUCGAUAUCUCAAAAUCCGGCAGCCACACGUGUUUCCGGCACGGCCCCCCGUGUGGCGGUGAGGCGGCGAGCCCCCCCCACCCAUACCUACCUGAGCAGCACGGCGGUCACCCUUCUCUGGCAACAGAACUACAACCACUACACAGUCGGCUAUCCAGGAUACAUGGACGUGGCCUGGUCUGACGUCACGGAUAUGAAGAAUUUCCACCUGUUGGCCGUCAUCGGAGACCUGAAUGAGCACGCGCAGGACCACCAGCGCAACUACUCCAUCCCUGUGGUGAUGCCAAGCGUGCAUUGUUCCCACUGCGUGCUCAGAUUCAGGUAUAACUCACACAAACCCGGGGAACAGAUCUUCUACCAGUGCGCCGACAUCGCCAUCAAAAACCUAACCGUCAAAACCGCUUCUCAACAACUCAACAAUCUCCCCGUAAAGUCUCCUACCAUUCCCCAACCUCCCCCCAACCCUACCACCAUGCCUGGUAGUACAAGACUUUACGGGUUUUCCUACUCGGAGCUCGACACUUUGCAGUGUGAGCUUGUUUCUGUGGACGCUGUUACGGGAGCGGUCUACCCCGUCAAAACGUUCGACUUCGGCGUCGGGUCCGGCUACCGCCCCGAGAUGCUGGGAUUCGGGAAGAACAGCAACAUGAGCAGGAGAAGCGUCGGUCAACGACAGAACUUUAAGGCACAGACCCAAGCACAGGGAAACCACUUUAUAAUGGACCAAAUGCUGGGGUACAGUGAGGAGAGUAAGUUGAUGUUUACGAUGAAGCACGGGAAGUCCAGCAGUUUGGAUGCGGUGGCUGACACGCUUUUGGUUAUCGAGGCAGCAACAGGGAACGCUAUGGAGAAGGCAGUGGACCCGAAAGCACUGAUGUCACCUAUCGUCGCUAUGACAACGAACGGCCUAGGCUCUAUGCUGACGUUUAACAUGGACAUGGUGCGAGAUAAACCAGGUACUUUUACGUUCAGAGUCGGACUGUUGGACCAAGACGGCUCGUACCAGGAGCUGUACUCCGACCCCAGCAAGACGGAAGAUUUGUACAUAAACUACCUCUGCGCCACCGCCGACACGCAGAAAAACGUCCUCUACGUUCUGAUGGGAAAUGAGAACGCGCCUGACACGCUUGAUGCCAGGAUAUACACGUUUGAUCUCAGUGUGAAGCCGGCGAAGAUGUCUUACGCUCAACUAGAUGUGGAUAACUACACCAUCUCCUCUAUCCACUUCUACCAGAAGACAGGUAAACUGGUUGCCGUAUCCCCCGGGUUGUUCUUGGAUCGGCAGGUGACGUACACCCUUGUGACGGUGGACCCCAAACUGGGUCUCAUCAAACCCCUGUGGGUCAUAGCUGUGCCUGACCGCUAUCAAUCUUACUACGGCGGCGACGUCAUCAACCUCGACCAACAGAACGGCGUUCUUUACCACGUGCUCCGGCUGGUGGACCCACCCAACGCCGAUGUCAUAGCAACGGUUUCCAUGGAAACCCAGAGAGUCACAUUCUCCAACCCCACCAACCUUCGCCAUUUGCAUAACCUCUCUUUCCUUCCGUAUAUCAGCAACUAGCAAUAAGUAGCGCGGAUUACAUUAUAAGUAUACAUUAUACAUGAAUGGGAAUCAUACAUCAAUAUGGGAAUACAUUAUACAUUA